ACAGAGAAGAAUAUAGAUUUAUUGAAGAGUGAAGCUUUAAUCUUAUUUAUAAAAGUACAUACAAAUAUGGUGGAUGAAUCAGAUGAAGAAUAUGCCUGUUCAGUUGAUAAACAAUAUAGGAUUCAUUAUAAAUCUCGCAAGAAAUAUGUUUGCAUUUUAAGAUCUUUACAAAUUAGUAUUGGUGUUGUCACAAUGAUAAUUGGUAUUGUUAGUGCAACUGGUUUAAAAGAAUCAAUGGGUUUAUUCCUUUUCAUUGCUAUUUUGUGUGGAUUUUUUAUGAUGGAAGCAGCUUUGGCUAAUCUUUUUAUUUUAUCAGAGCACUCUGGAGAAAACUUUCAAGGCUGGCAAGAAGGAAUUAGAAAAGCUGGUAGAGAAGGUGCAUUAUGUAUUCUUGCUUCAUGGGCUUGUGGAAUUAUCUUCACAAUAGCAAUGGUGAUAUCUGAUGUUAUAGUUUUAAUUAUGUUCCAUGAUACUUCAGUCACAAUCAUAGCAUAUCUAGAAUUAAUAUGUGGAAUAUUUUUACUUAUCAUCAUCACUGUAUCAAUUUGGGAUAGUAUAACAUUUCGAAAAGUUCAUGUUAAUGUUUGUUGAUAUUCCAGAAAAUUUGAUAAAAUAAUGAUAAAUUUUAAAGUAACAGUUACUAUUGUUUCAUGAAAUUAAUUUAGAAAACACAAAAAAAUAUAUAUAUACA